CCAUCAAAGAAAAUCCUCCCUUCACUUCUCUCUUUCACAAACACAGAAACAUCGAGCAUGGCUUCUUCUCCUUCAUAUUUGCUGCUACCCGUCGGUAAGACCAACUCUUUCUUUUACUUUCUUCUACUUACUCUCCACUGAGUGCAAUGAGUUUAGAGGACGAAAUGAGAAUGGAGGAUUUUCAAUUUUAUGUUUUUUUUUUGGGGGUUUUCCGCCUUUCAUGGUAGAAAUCACUUAUCUUUGAUACAAGCCUACAACCUUGUUUGGGUGGUUCAGCUUUUGAAUUUUACACUGAAUGCAACUGCGUUAGGUUCUGCAUCUGGGAAGAGUCUGUCUGCCAGUCAUCUGGUCCUCUCGAACGUCAGGGCUCAAGCUCCGAUUGUUAGGUGCUUAAGUUGCAAGAGGACAAGAAAAUACAGCAAUGGACUGAAUUUGGUUACGCGGAGGGAUAUGAUAGGGUUGCUUUUUGGAGCUUCAAGCAUCUUGUUGAACUCACCAUAUGCCAAUGGUGCUGGCUUGCCUCCUGCAGAAAAGCCGAUACUAUGCGAUGAUGCCUGUGAAAAAGAGCUUGAAAAUGUACCUAUGGUAACUACAGAAUCUGGUUUACAGUACAAGGAUAUUAAAGUUGGUGGAGGCCCCACUCCUCCGGUUGGUUUUCAGGUGGCUGCCAAUUAUGUUGCCAUGAUUCCUUCCGGACAAAUAUUUGACAGUUCACUGGAGAAAGGUCAGCCCUAUAUAUUUCGUGUUGGCUCUGGUCAGGUGAUCAAGGGCCUUGAUGAGGGCAUCUUGAGCAUGAAAGUUGGAGGGAAGCGCAGACUUUAUAUUCCAGGACUGCUGGCAUUCCCAAAGGGUCUAUCUUCAGCUCCAGGGAGACCAAGGGUAGCUCCAAGUAGUCCAGUCGUUUUCGAUGUGAGUUUGGAAUACAUACCUGGACUUGAAGAUGAAGAGUGACAGAAUUUCAUUCUCUUUUUUGUAUUUAUUCCUUUACUUUAUACUUCGAUAAUUGAGGGAUUUGAUAAUUGAGGGAACCAUAAUAGAGGUUGCAUUGAUUCCAAUUAUUCAUUUUUUUUUCCAAAAAAUUCCACAAUCGUUAUAGAAGAAGUUUGAUUCUUUGAGUUGUCAUCUAAUGCCAGAAAGGUACACUCCAUUUAAUAAACCAGGCUCAGAAAGUUAGGAUAGAUUGACAAGGAAAACUUGCUAGUUAGAAAAGUGGAGAGAAUCUGCACUGACGGUGGUGUUUCGGCCCCCCAAAACGAGGCUACAGCACAGAGCGAAUAAAUCCCACCACACUAGGGUUCAUCACUGAAGGGGCACUUAUAAAUGCACUCUAUAUCGUGUAAUCUACAAUUGUAAUCAGCUUCUCAAAUAUGGUGCAUUAAAAACAUCCGAUUUAGUUUCUAUUUCACAGUUGUAUAUUAAACUUACUCUAUACAUGAAUUCGUUGGGUUCAGCUACAUAAACGAUUCUCUUUCAAAUUUAACCAUUUUUGAGGCAAAAUUUUAUGUAGUUGCUGAGCAAGACUUACAGGCCAACUCAAAUCUUGAGAUCUAUACAUCUAAAAUAAAAAUAAAUAAAUUUCUCUCAGCGGCUCAAGCAUGUAUAUCCACAACAGUUCUAGCUAACUCGCACCUUAGUUUUCACCUACAUGCAUAGUGCACAGAUAAUUGUAGAUGACAUCAAGUCUCAGCAGCAUAACCAAACUACAACUAUAAGUCACUGUCUAAAUCUAGGCAUGUAUCUAUAUAUAGCGUUUUCCUGAAUAAGGGAAGCAUUUAGCAUGUACGCAUGCAUAUUAUUAUAGUUUAGGAACAGAUUGAGAUAAUGAGAAAGAUUAACAAGAUAAAGAUGCAGUUGAUAAUUGAAAAAUGAAACCUUAACAUCAAGCCUCCCAAAUUAGAGGAGAUAGAAUGAAUCUGAACUUGAAAAAAUCUAAAUUUAAAUUCCAAACCUCAAUCGACUAAAAAAUUAAAGAUCCAAAACCUGAAAAAACUCGAAUCUAAGAUCAAUCCCAUCAAAACUCGUAAUAACCCGAAAUUAUACUAGACAUGUAAAUUUUAGUUACCAACUUCAUUAAAUAUGUAAAUUUUAGUUACCCACUUCAUUCUAACCCGAGCAUGUAGACAAACCUGACCAAAAGUUGAUAUAACAUGACCCAAAAACAGCUCAAUUUGGUCAGAGCUUGAAAUGAUCUGAAUGCGAUAUAACUUGAGCUCGAAACAAUCAGAACCAACCUGUCAGUUCACCACCUCUACCACAAAUCCCCCACCCCACACGAGAAAGGGCCAUGGAGAAGCUAUGGAUUGUAUUAAAAAACUCUUAUUGACUAAAUGCUGGUGGAAUUUUGAGAUGAGUACAUUUCCAACUUGUAGAAAGGAAUGGAUGCUAAAAGUGCCUUAGGUACAGUGAUAUUGAAUUACCUAUUGUGAGAUCAUGACACUACACACUAUAAAAUUAUCGGCUAAAUGCUCAAUUUAAACAUGAUUCCUCAAUUCAGGACUAAACGUAUUUUUUUAUAUGAAUAAGAAUUAAAGUUAUCGACUUAUUACAAUUUAGGAUCUUUUCAAAUCAAAAUAAGAUUAUAAAAGACACACAUGGUUAAGUUGGCAAAAUAUAACAUAGUUAGCAAAAAAAAUAAAUCUGACAACUGGCUUGGGAAAAUAAUUAAAUUUGACUGCUUACAUGGCAAAAAAG